CGAGUUGCGCAUGCGCGUUGUAGCCCCGACUACACCGUCUGCUUUGUUGGGACCAUCGAUGCUGCUGAGACUCUCGGCGACUGCGCUUUUAUUGUUGACCGAUGAUGGAGUAGAGUCAAGCGUUAGCUACUUAUUCAACAACCUAUUUGUGAUUUAAGCUAGUAGCGAGCACAGUUUUUUUUUUGUCUUUGACGCCGGAGACGACAGAGGCGAGGAGCUCCUGUAUAUAAACAAAACACAGCGCGAGCUGCUUUUAAGGUGGCACGUCAUCGGCGACAGCUGGAACAACGAGAGCAGGCUCCCAGGCCAGUUUGGUCCUUCGGCGAGCUCGACACGGAGGAGCUCGGUGUCCAAAAAAUGGAAGUCUUCGCUCGGCGUCGUCUGGAGUGAAACUCCGUAACGAGCGAACAUGAGCGAGGAGGGUCGUUUGUUGUCUGGACGGCAGCUCCUGGCGAGUGAAAGAGGGGGUGACUGUCCCUGCUGCUGCCCCCACUUGACUGAGGAGAGAGGCGAGCUUGUUAGCGAAAAGGGUGACCGCAGGCCCCCCGGUUCUCUGGCCCGGUCCAAAUAGUGCUUAAGCGGACUGAGGUACAGCAUGGAGACGGUGGGCAAAUUCGAGUUCAGUCGGAAGGACCUGAUCGGACAUGGCGCAUUUGCGGUCGUCUUUAAAGGCCGAAACCGGGAGAAACAUGAUUGGGAAGUGGCAGUCAAAUGUAUCAAUAAGAAGAACCUGGCCAAAUCCCAGACACUGCUGGGAAAGGAGAUCAAAAUACUCAAGGAACUCAAGCACGAAAACAUAGUUGCAUUACUGGACUUUCAGGAAACUGCAAGCUCGGUGUACCUAGUGAUGGAGUAUUGUAACGGCGGUGACCUGGCCGACUACCUGCACACAAAAGGCACGCUGAGCGAGGACACGAUUCGAGUUUUCCUGCAGCAGAUAGCGGGUGCCAUGCGGGUCCUGCAGGCGAAAGGCAUCAUCCAUCGGGACCUCAAACCACAGAAUAUUCUGCUCUCCUACCCACCCGGACGGAAAUCCCACUCCACCAACACCUGCAUCAAAAUUGCCGACUUUGGUUUUGCCAGGUACCUUCAGAACAACAUGAUGGCAGCAACUCUCUGCGGGUCACCCAUGUACAUGGCACCCGAGGUCAUUAUGUCCCAAAACUACGACGCCAAGGCUGACUUGUGGAGCAUCGGGACCAUCGUGUUCCAGUGCCUAACUGGCAAGGCUCCUUUCCAGGCCAGCAGUCCUCAGGAUCUUAGGAUGUUUUACGAGAAAAACAAGAAUCUCAGCCCCAACAUUCCCAGAGAGACCUCCAGCCAUUUGAGGCAUCUGUUACGGGGCCUGCUCCAGCGCAAUAACAAGGACCGCAUGGACUUUGAUGAGUUUUUUUCUCAUCCCUUCUUGGAGGCCACCAGCUCAUCCAUAAAAAAGACAACCCCCCCAGCAGUGACCAUGACCUGCUUCCCAAGUUCCGCUUCAGCCAGCUCUUGCAGCAGUUCUUCCACCUCGCACCUGGCCUCUCCACCGCAAUCUCUUGGUGAUGCGCAGCAUUUACGUGCCAAAGCGCUGGCCUCCCCCACCCAAGAGGCCGCCGGGUUUCUCCUCAAGGAUUCAUCCGGAGGAGGCGGCAGCAGCAAGAACUCCUCCUCCUGUGACACGGACGACUUCGUCAUUGUGCCCGCUCACUUCAAUGCGGGUGAGCUGACGAGUGAGAGUAAAGUGCUGCAGGACAGUCUCAUGAACAGCGGAUCCCUCCUGACAUCUGGUUUGUGUGUCCAAGCCAAAUCGCCACCACACUCGCCCUCCUAUAGUGGCUCCCCCAGUCGUGUCAGGCCCAAUGAGUCCUCGGGGAGUAACUAUGCCGGCCCCGGUGGAAAUCACGGCCACUCCCUGCCAAUCCCAGUUCCGACUCAGGUGCACAACUACCAGCGCUUGGAGCAGCAUAUUUAUACCACCAAACAGGAAGGAUCGCCCCGGCUGUCCACUCCGGUGCACCGUUGCAGCAGUGGAAGUCCGCUGGGCUUUGCGAGGACUGGGCCUUCUCCACCUUACGGAACAGUGACCGCCACCCGAAGGCUCUCUCUGGGAGGAGCAAGACCCUUUCAGCUCUCCCCUCAAGCAGCUCAACAUGCUGAAUCCAGGGCGACGACUCAGAAACACUCCCCAGUGGCCACAGGAUUGGGGACACGCCUCCACAGCGCCCCCUGUCUUUUAGAGUGCACCGCUGGCGGUGGCAGACAGAAGAUCCGAAAGCAGCACUCAGACCCGGUGGUGGUCCCCACAGCUGGCUUGAUGACGGUUCGCCCCCUGCACUCGUCCCCCCGCCUCAGUGAGCUGAUGCAGCGAAGCCCACUGCCCACCAUCCUGGGCUCCCCCUCGAGGACGAUGCCCCCGUUUGAAUUCCCCAAACCCCCCAGCUCUCCAAACCUUGUCAACUUCCUGACACAGCAGGGUUUAGUGGUGGGCUCUCCCAGCAGCAGGCCUAUGCAAAUCGAGCCCCGAGACGCUGGACAGCCAACGCCCACGCAGUGCCCUCAGCCUUCUCACUGCAUCCACAGGAUGAAUGAUGAUACCAGGGGAUUUGGAAGAUCUCAGAGCGCCGGCCUCCUGUCCGACAUGUUGCUGAUGGCAGCCUUUGGAACAGUGAAUGACCGAGGCAGCACAGAAAAUCUGGCCUGUGAAAAAGCUAUGGACAUAGCAGUGCCCUCCGGCGGUGUCCUAUGUCCGGCACCGGGCUCGUGCAGCCCAGCGCAGGUGGUCUUCACCAUCGGCUCGCCUCCCAGUGGUGGCACCCCACCUCAAGCCUCCAGACAGAGGAAAUACUCCGGCUCCUUUGCAUCAGUCAGCCCUGCGGGCUCCUUCACCAGCCGCUAUCCCCAGGCGGCCACCUACGGCGACGGCUUUGAGGCCUCUUCCAGCCCUCGCUACAAUUUUUUUGAUCCCAUCACGGCCAACAUGGGCGGUCGCAUCACCUUCGAGGCCCCUGAGCUUCCUGAAGAGACCCUGAUGGAGCAGGAGCACACAGACACCGUGCAGAGCCUGCGCUUCACGCUGGAUUUCGCUUGCUGUCUGAUGGAGGUGGCCGGGGCCCGUGGCAUCACAUUGAUGGGGGUCGCGGUUGAUCCCGCUCACCCUCACUCCUUACAGCAGCAGAGCCUGGUGGCGGAUCAGAUAAGCUCCCUGAGCCGAGAGUGGACCCACGCAGAACAGCUGGUUCUCUACCUCAAGACUGCAGAACUCUUGUCUACCGCCAUACAAACAGCCAUGGAGCAAGUGAAACACGGCAAACUUUACCCGUCGUCUACAGUCAAGCAAGUUGUGAGGAGGCUGAAUGACUUGUACAAAUCCAGCGUGGCAUCGUGUCGCUCUCUCAGCACGCGUCUGGAGCGCUUCUUUUCCAAAAAGCACCGACUCAUGGACAAAAUCACCUCCAUAACGGCUGAGAGGCUGCUCUUCAGCCACACCGUGCAGAUGGUUCAGUCUGCUGCUCUGGAUGAGAUGUUCCACCAGGGGGAGGCAUCCGUCCACCGUUACCACAAAGCCCUCUUGCUGAUGGAGGGCCUCUCUCAGCUUCUCACCGAACAGGAAGACAUUCUCAGUGUGAGCAAAUGUAAAGAGUGUAUUGAGCGGCGCCUCACAGCCUUGCAGUCCGGGCUCUGCGUUUGAGAGCCCCUCCUACACGAUGUCACCUAUCGGCUCAUUACCAACGAACUUCAUCCCAUCACCUCAGGUCGCGUCAAAAAUCACAAACUCUCCUAAAGUUGACAACUUAAGCUUUGGAUUACGGCCUCCAUUUCCCUGAAGCAAAACUGAUGUUGGUCGUGAUGCACCUUGCUGCAUUCUGAUCUAUGUGAGAGACCGUUUGGCCAAUUAAGAUUCCCCGCCAGCCCUCCCCUAUUUGAGGCAACCUGCAGGAGCACGUACGGCCAAGUAGUCAUAUAUCCCCAUGCGCAGUACUCGCCAUGACAUAUUUUGAAGACGGACUUGUCUACUGCAGUGGACAACCGAACAAGCCUUUGUGGUUCAUCUUUAUGGAGGUACUUUGAGCUGUCCGCCUACAUUGGAGGUACAGUUACAGUAGACAUGUUGAAGAAAGCUGGAGGAAGUCAAAUAUCAUUCUCAUAUUAUCUAUGUGCACAUUAUGCCACUUCCUCGUGUGUGUGUUUCAAAGAAGUUCAUGAGUUGCUUGCUAUAGUGUACAUAACAUUGCUACAAGUGGAUGACAACUUCUGCCAAGACGAUAUAAAGCCUUUUUAUAAUGUGUUUGAUUUUAGCUCUAUAAUAAGUAAGUUGGUUUGACACUUUACGGACUUGCUUUUCAUAAGGAAGGCGACAACUGGUGGAGGACAAUGUUUUCCAACAGUGUGUCGCGUGGGUCCAAACAGGCGGAAGAGGCACGAUUCGCAGUUUCUGAUUAGAACUGCGCUAGCGAUGCCCCGCUAACUGGAGGAUGUUUGUCUUGUGUACAGUCCUUGACCACCACCCCCACCCCACGUGGUUCUUUCUUCUUUACAUCAUUGUAUUUUAAUCAAUCAUCGUCGGCGCUAAUGCGAAUGUAUAGGACAGGAGAGAAGCCGCGUCAAUGUUGGGGGCUGCUCGGCGGCACAUGCCCGAAUGUUUUUUUGCACUGUUGAAGUACUGUACAGAGUGGAACAUGCUACACGUGUCAUGUAUUGUUUUGUUUGUUUGGAUAUACUUUGACUGAUGAGCUCCUUUCUAUUUCCACUUUCUUUUCAUGGAGUGCAGUUGUAUCGUAGUUACUGUGUGUUUGGUGUGAGAGUGUUCAUUAACAGAGGGAUGCUGUGAACGCGGAAAAGAAAAAUACGGUAAAAGCUUUACGGUGAGGAGGGUUGGGUUUAAAAAAAAAAGAAAUACAUAUAUAUUGUGUUCUGCUUGAGAGUAGUCAGUAGGUGGCGAUUCUGUCAUGAUUUUGAAAUGUUUAAUUUGGAGUGCUGGUGUUUUUCCACUGAUUUUAUUUUAUUUUUUUAAACAUAAUUUUGAAUCCCAAACCGAUUCCUUUAAUAAUUCUCAGUUGUGAGCCGCAGAUGGUCGAUGUCUGUGUUGCCUGCAUUCAAAGGUGUACAGUGUUAUGUGCAUGUUCGCAUGUGUGGAGAGGCUAGUUUGCAAUUUGACUAAUGUCUGUGGAGAGAAAAGGAUUCAUUAUGACCCAGACACUGUCUCACAUCUGCUUUUGAAAUGGAAAGGUCCACUUUCAAGGGAUUACUCCAUGUGCAAAGGAGGAGGGAUACCCCCGCUCCCUCAAAAAAAAAUCUGAGAAUGAAACUGAAAAUUGCAAUCAAGUGUAAUAUUACAACAAACCAUCCAUCCAUCCCUCCUUUUUUCCACAUAAUAUGACAAUUUAUUGUUACUUUUUACUCAUAUCAAAAAAUCAUUGUCCUAACAUUCCUACUUUAUCCUGAAUUCUUAUUGAAUAAUGCCCCCACCCACCCAGUGUGGCCACGAUGCUCAUUCAUAACUCUACACUGUUUUUUCCUCGUCUUAAGUUUGUGUUCAUGUUUGAAAAAGCUGAAGAUGGUUUACAAAGAGAUCCAGUAUAGUAGCACUGUUAGUAGAGCAGAAUGAAAGAGCCCCUCCCCCUUUAAAGAUAAUUAACUUGCUUUGAGGCAUUUUAUUCUCAAAUAUACAUUUUUUUGGUGGUUGAGUUGUGCAUUCCUAAUAUCGACUCACCCUGGCUUUUGUCCUACUCACUCACUGUACAAUGGCUAGCACCUGUGAUGCAUUUUUUUUUAAUGAAACCCCCCACGCCUACAAUCAUUGCUACUGGCCAUCCCAAUUGUCAAUUUGGGUCACCAUGAAAAGAAUGUGUGCGUGCAUUGAGAUAACUUUGGGGCGGGGGCGGGAGGGCAUGUAUUGUGUUCUGCUGUAAUGUCCCUGAGCAGGAUGUUGACUUGCUGCCAUUUUCGUGGUAGCUGUUCCGAGCAUUCCCAUGAAGCUAAAAUGAAGUGCAACCAUCGCGAAGGUUCACAAUCUCCUGCAAGGAGUCAAGAGUUUUAAAUUGUGUGUAAAAACAUGCCCGAAUGUCAUCGUUUAUUUGUGUUUAGCAUCACCUCUAGGAAUUGUAAAUUAAGUUAUUGUUGUCAUUGUAUUUAUGGCUCUGCGGGUGCAGAGGGAAGAUUACCCUACCAUUUAAUAAUGUUUGUUGUUUUUUUCCAAAGAAAAGGCUUUCUGCUGAACUACCAGCAAGGCAUUUUCACAUCGUCAUGUAUGGCAAGACACUAUCUCAAUGUCCCUGUGUGUAACAUAACCCUUACUGUUAGUUGCAACAUGAAUAAAGUUAAAGGAAUGGA